AUGCUCUUCGCCACUCUGACCACCCUUGCUCUCGCCCUUGUCGGCGCCGCCAAUGCUAAACCCACCAUCGCCAAACAUGCCGGGCUUGGCUCCCCCAAGGCCAGCGGUGUCAGCGUCGCCGGCACCUUCCCGGUCUCCGACCUCGACGCUGCCCAAGCGAGAGUCAAGGCGGACACCACCCUCAACACGAACGGCGGUCUCCGCAUCGACGUCACCGCCGCGGACUUCCCCGCGGACCUCCUCCUCUGCGAGUCCGCCAACUGCGCGAACUGCGUCGAGUUCGACCUGAGCGUGCUCCCGCACGAGACGUGCCUCACCGCCAACUUCGACUUCGUCUCCGUCGUGAUCUCCCAGCCGAGCAACUCCGGCUUGGACUUCGGCGUGUUCGUCGGCCCGCCCGGUUGCGCCUCGUUCGGACAAAUCCCCGUCGUGAACGAGUGCUUCAACGUCAACGGCGGGCCGUUCACCGAGCUCGUCCUCAGCCCCUGAGCGCACUUCUAGCCGAACAGUUCCAUAGGACUCGCACAAACGUGCUGGAAAUCUCUGUCUAUGAAAGGGACAAGUUAUGCAAGGGAUCCGACAGUGGCUUUGUUUCCGUAGCAUUUGCUCAAUGACUCGUGAUUCGCUCUAGAGUCGUACUUUGUGAUCGCUAUUGGCUUCUCU